ACUUUAACAACUUUAUGAAAUUUCAAAUUUCUCUCUCACCCUCUCUCCAUCCUUUUCUUCUUAUUUUGUAUACACAUAAGAACAACUUCGUCUCUACAUGCACUCCAUAUCUUCACCUCCAUUUUCUCUGUCAUCUACCUUGAAAUUCACUUAAUUCUCUCACCUGGAUCUCUUCCCUUACCCUCAAAAACCCUAAAUUCAGGGCUUCAAUUCUCUUCUAAGAACCUUUUCACACCCAAGGAGUUUUAGGUGAAUCAAUUCGACCCACAAAAACCCAUCAAAAUUCGACCAAUUCUCUCAUUUAGGUAUCUCCCAAUUGGCUUCAAAUCUCCAAUUCUAAGGGUUUUCUAGAGAGCUCUAGCUGGGAACAAUAAUGGGUCCUGUGGACGAUUCAAAGAACGCGUUGGUGAGUCAACUCGUUAUGGCCAUAAGGGAUGUUUCUGGGUUUCCAGAUUGCAGGAACGCCUCGAAGAAGAUGUACAACAAUUUGGUUCGGAGAGUGAAGCUGUUGAGCCCUCUGUUUGAGGAAUUGAAGGACAGCGAAGACGAGCUCGGAGCCGAAGAGAUUCGAGGUUUCGAGUCGUUGAAGGUCGCUUUGGAUUCGGCUAGAGAGCUUCUCCGAUCUAUCAAUGAAGGCAGCAAGCUCUUUCAGGCUCUGAAAUUGAACAAGAUUGCCAGUGACUUCCACCAAGUGACAGAGCAAAUUGAAGAAGCAUUGAGCCAGAUUCCUUAUAAUAAACUUGAUAUGUCAGAGGAAGUUAGAGAACAGAUUGAACUCGUGCACGCUCAAUUCCGAAGAGCUAAAGCAAGAAUGGACACGCAUGAACUACUACUGGAGAUGGAUUUAGAUUUGGCGCAGAAGGAGAAAGACCUAGACCCCGCAAUAUUAAAAAGGCUUUCAGAGAAGCUCCAUCUCAUGACUAUAAAUGAUCUGAAGAAAGAGUCGCUUGCUAUCCACGAUAUGGCCAUCUCAUGUGAUGCAGCUCCUGGGGACUCUUUUCAGAAGGCGUCAUUUCUGUUUCAGAAGAUCAAGGAUUUUGUAGUGAUUGGAAACCCCGACACUGAUACCUCUGAGGUUGAAGAGGUCUCGAUUAAGCACCGGUCUACUGUUAUCCCAGAUGACUUCCGGUGCCCAAUAUCUCUUGAACUGAUGAAAGAUCCUGUUAUUGUCUCCACUGGACAGACGUAUGAAAGAUCGUGCAUUCAAAAAUGGCUUGAUGCAGGGCACAAGAAGUGCCCCAAGACGCAGCAGACUCUGUUGCACACAGCCCUAACACCCAACUAUGUUUUGAAGAGUUUAAUUGCUUUGUGGUGUGAGAGCAAUGGUGUUGAGUUGCCCAAAAGGCAAGGGAAUUGUGGAAGCAAGAAAACGGGAGGCAGUGGUUCGGACUGUGAUCGGGCUGCUAUUAACGCCUUGAUUCAUAAACUUGCAAAUGGGAAUCCAGAACAUCAAAGAGCUGCUGCAGGGGAGCUUCGAUUGUUGGCAAAGAGAAAUGCCGAUAACAGAGUAUGUAUUGCCGAGGCGGGAGCUAUUCCACUUCUCGUAAAACUACUAUCCUCCACCGAUUCACGGACCCAAGAACAUGCUGUUACAGCACUGCUCAACCUUUCCAUAAAUGAGGCUAACAAAGGAACAAUUGUAAAGGCAGGCGCUGUACCCGAUAUAGUAGAUGUCUUAAAAAAUGGAAGCAUGGAAGGAAGAGAAAAUGCGGCAGCAACCCUUUUUAGUUUAUCGGUUUUAGAUGAGAACAAGGUAGCAAUUGGAGCCGCUGGGGCUAUCCCGGCUCUUAUUGAUUUGCUCUGUCAGGGGACUCCAAGAGGAAAGAAGGACGCUGCCACAGCUAUUUUUAAUCUUUCGAUCUAUCAAGGUAACAAAGUGAGGGCUGUGAGGGCGGGGAUUGUAGCACCACUGAUGGGGUUCCUCAAAGACGCCGGGGGUGGAAUGGAGGAUGAGGCACUAGCGCUACUUGCCAUACUGGCGACCCAUCAAGAAGGGAAAAUCGCAAUUGGUCAGACCGAGCCAGUCCCGGUUUUGGUGGAGGUGAUAAGGACUGGUUCGCCGCGUAACCGUGAGAAUGCUGCCGCUGUUUUAUGGUCAUUGUGUACAGGUGAUGUGGAGUACUUGAAAAUAGCAAAGGAGCUCGGGGUAGAAGAGACAUUGAAAGAACUUUCGGAGAAUGGCACCGAUAGGGCUAAGAGAAAAGCAGCAAGUGUUCUAGAACUCCUCCAACGAGCUGACGUUGUAACGGAACCAUAAAGUUCAGGUGAAAUGUUUUCAGGCCUAUAUUAUUAAAAUUACGUAAUUUAUAGUAGAUAACGGAACGUUGUACCAGAAGAUUAGGGAUUUAUGGGCUUUUUUUCUGUACAGAAGGAUAUAUAUAUAUAUGGUGGAAGUGGGUAUUUUGAUAGCUUGAAUGUGUUUGAAGUAGAAAAUGCUCUGUGAGUAGUGUUUGACAUGGUAUGUGUAAGACAUUAUGAGGAAGUGAAAAAAUCUCCAUUGAAAGUGAGAAAUUUCUGUUUAUUAUUACCUAGAUUAGGUCUUCUGCAGCCAGGUACUGCAUUACUUUUGUUAAUUUUCAAGCUGGUUUCGGAAUAACAGAAUUGUUUUUGUAUUGUUGUGAA